AUGACAAUUUUCUUUAUGGAACUUAAUAAGUCCUUUUGGUUACGCUUUACAAAACGAUAUAUUCCCCCAGAUUUAUAUUAUCAUUCGUGGACAAUUUAUGAUUUUCAAUAUGUAUUCUUAUUAAUUUUAGGAAUAUUUCUUUUUAAUAUAAUUGAAUUUCCGGUAUUUUUCUUGAAAUUCUUGAUAGUUUGUAUAUUUGCAAUUGGACUUUAUCUUCCAGUACCUCGAAAAUUUUUUCUACCCUUCCUUCCUAUAGCGAGUUGGUUAGUAUUAUUUUAUUCGUGUAGAUUUAUUCCAGGAUCAAAUAGACCUCACAUUUAUGUAUCAGUUUUACCAGCAUUGGAAAACAUAUUAUAUGGAGAUAACUUGUCAGCAAUCAUAGCUAAGCAUACUAAUGUGGUUAAGGAUGUAUUAGCAUGGUUACCUUAUGGUGUGACACAUUUUACGUUACCAUUCUUAACGAGCGUAGGGUUGUGGUGGUACGGUCCACCCGGUAUUUUGGCAAUUUUUUCUAGAUCAUUUGGAUAUAUGAAUCUUGUCGGUGUUCUAACGCAGUUAGUAUUCCCAUGUUCUCCACCAUGGUAUGAAUACACGUAUGGGAUGAAUACCCCAGCAGAAUAUACGAUGCCAGGAAAUCCGGGUGGAUUAGCUCGUAUAGAUGAAUUAUUUGGAUCAAAUACUUAUACGAAUACAUUUAAUGGGUCUCCAAUGGUAUUUGGUGCAUUUCCAUCACUUCAUUCCGGAUGUGCAAUAAUUCAAGCAUUAUUCAUUUCAUAUAUUAUUCCAAAAUCUAGAUUAUUUUGCUUCGCUUAUGUUAUGUGGAUAUGGUGGGCUUGUAUGUAUUUUACUCAUCAUUAUAUGGUUGAUUUGGUCGGUGGUGGAAUUUACGCCGUUGUUGCAUUUUGGUUCGCAUGGGAUUAUUUACCUUUCGUAAACGAACAUUAUAAAAAUCGUUGGGAUUAUAUCAAAGAAAAGAAUGGUUUUUUAUUACCAACGAAUAAUUAUAUUAAUAAUAAUCUAUCGUUUAAUUCGCCUAAAUUUGAUAAUAACGAUGAAUUAGAAAUAGAAAUUGCGACUGCUAUUAGUUAA